CUGGAGCCCGGGCCGGAAGAUGGCGGCGGCGGGAGCCGUGGAGCGCGCGAGCCGGGUCGGGGAGCCGCCGCCGCCGCCGCCGCCCCGCGGGCCCCGCCGCUACUCGCUGCUGGUGAUCGUGGGCGGCGGCUGCCACCGGCCCGGCCUGCUGGGCGCCGUGCUGGCCGCGCUGGAGAGAGGGAUCCGCUGCUGGGACAUCGACCUCGCCUCCUGCAACCUGGACGAGCAGCUGAAGCUGUUUGUGUCCCGGCACUCGGCCACUUUCUCCAGCAUCGUGAAAGGUCAGCGGACCCUCCACCACCGGGGAGAUGUCCUGGAGACACUGGUGCUGCUCAACCCUUCGGAUAAGUCCCUGUGCGAUGAGCUGCGGAACCUGAUCACGGACGUGUCCCAGCACAAGCUGCUGGUGUUCACCGGGCCCUGCGUGGAGCAGACCGGGGAGCUGAUGCUGCAGACAGGCUGCUUCUCUCUGCGGGACUUCAUCCAGAUCUUCACGGACAAAGAGGUUGGGGAGAUACUGAGCUCUGCAGAUCCUUCGGCCAAGGCCAGCCUGACCGUCAGCUGCCCUGACUUUGGGGAGUGGCAGGACUCCAGCCUGGAGCAGUACAACCUCCAGGACUUCAUUGAGCUGCGGAUCAACCCAGGCUGCAUGCUGCCGGAGAUGGAGGGGCUGCAGGAGUUUGUGGAAUACCUCUCGGAGUCCCUGGAGCCACAGUCCCCCUUUGACCUGCUGGAGCCCCCGACCAUGGUGGGCUUCCUGAAGCUCUCCAAGCCGUGCUGCUACGUCUUCCCUGGCGGGAGGGGGGACACAGCCUUCUUUGCUGUCAACGGGUUCAACGUCCUGGUGAACGGGGGCUCCAACCCCAAAUCCUCCUUCUGGAAGCUGGUGCGCCACCUGGACCGGAUUGACUCCAUCCUGGUGACGCACAUCGGCACGGACAGCCUGCCGGGGGUCAACAGCCUGCUGCAGAGGAAGGUCGCUGAGCUAGAGGAGGACCCCUCCUCACAGGGCUCCCAGAGUAACGGGGACUGGGUGAAGAACCUCAUCUCCCCCGAGCUGGGCGUCAUGUUCCUCAAUGCGUCCGAGAAGCUGAAGGGUAUUGAGGGAAACUCUAGGGUGCUGAAGAGCUGUGAUGAAGCCAGCCUGACUCUACGCUACCUGGAGAAGCUGGGGAUCAGGCCCAACCCACUAUGCAGGGACAGCGGCCCCAAGGUGGGGCCCACGGUGCUGUUCCAAAAGAUGGGCGUUGGCAGACUGGACAUGUACGUGCUGAACCCGGUGCGGGGCAGCAAGGAGCUGGAGUUCCUGCUGCAGCACUGGUCCGGCAACGGCCACCCCAGUGAGCAGGAGCUGCCCUUGCAGUGCCUGACCUCCAUCUGCGCCCUGCUGGUCUGGCAUCCCGCCAGCCCUUUGGAGAAGAUCAUCCGGGUCCUGUUCCCAGGCUGCACCCCGCAGGGCAGGAUCCUGGAGGGGCUGGAGAAGGUGAAGCACCUGGAGUUUUUGAAACACCCGGUGGUCACUGAGAAGGACUUGAAGGCGCUGGCUGCUCCCCGUCCCGAGAAGCAGCUCACGCCAAAGAGGGCAGAAAGCAAGGAGAGCCUCAAGUCGGCGUCCAAGGAGAGCCUCCGGUCUGCUUCCAGACUGAGCCUGGUGGAGGCUGGGCCCCCGGCUCUCAAGGAGAAAGCCCUCAAGUCAGAGAAGAGGGAGGUGAAGCCAGCGCCCAAGGAGAAGGUCAGAGGGCCGGGCGAGGUGGCCAAGGCAAGGCCAGAGGAGGAGAGAGCCGAGGAGCCCAGAGCCAAGCUCGACUCUUCAGCUGAGAAGCUCAAGCCGGAUGUGAGGCUGAAGCUGAGCAAGGAGAAGGCCCUGCCCAAGAAAGAGUCCCUGCCCCAGGAGGUGAGGAAGGAGGAGAAGAGGCCUCUGAAGAAGGAAGAUGGCGCUGAGGGGAAGGCGGAUGGCAGGAAGGAGGUGAAGGCAGUGAAGAGGGAGGGGAAAGCUGAGCUGCUGCGGAAGGAUGCCAAGGAGAGCAAGGCUGAGGGGAAGGCCGCAAAGCCGCCUGCCCGCAAGCCGCCUGGGCUGGAGCCCCGCAAGCUGGCCCUCAGGACAGGGAGCCUUAAGAAAUCCACUCUCAAGAAGGAGCCAGAGAAGCCCAAGGCCAAAGCGGCCAAGGAGGCAGGUGCAGCUGGCAAGAAGCCCCCGAGCCCUGAGGCUGGUGGGUCGGAAGGCUCCAAGUCACUGUCCCUGGAGGCCCUGACACAGGAGGCGGCAUGGGCGGGCACCGAGGCCAGGCAGAAGGAGGAGUCAACAGACGAGGGGAUCACCGCAGCGGAGAGUGAGCUGGAGCCAUCCCCGCUGGAGAACGGGGAGGCUGGGCAGUGUGGUGGCACUGAGGGCCCAGCUGGCUGUGCCGGGCUGGGGCCCAUGGAUUGCCAGGAGAACGGCCUUGACCCAGAAGAGCUGGACAGCCCCCAGGGGUUCCGGUACCUAGAGACUAGCCCGCUCAAGGCCAUCUGGCCCCCUUCCCCCCUCGCCAAGACCCCCAAGAGCGACCACAGUGUGGACUUCGACCUGACGCCCACGGGGCUUCUCAACCACUGCCAGGAGGGCGCCGAGGACCCAUGCGGCAGCUCCGAGGAGAAGACCCUGGAGAUGAUGUCCCCCUCCAGCUCGGGGCCGGCCAGUGCCAGGCACACCCCAUUCCACCAGUCCCCGGUGGAGAACGCAGUCAUGGUAGAGGAGCUGACGACGGGCCACAACGACGACAAACAGUUCAACUCCUGUCAUUCCUCCCAGGAGAAGCAGGCGGGCUGCCUGUCCCUCAGCCCCUUCAAGGACGAGCUCCCUGACGUCUCGCCCACCAUCACCACCCCCUCGCUGCCGGCUGAGGUGGGCUCCCCCCACUCCACCGAGGUGGAUGAGUCGCUGUCGGUCUCCUUCGAGCAGGUGCUACCCCCGGUGAGCGAGUCGCCCCAAGAGGAGCUGAACCGGCCGCAGGCGGGCGGGCUGACCCCGGAGCCAGAUGCCUCGGCUCCCCCCCACGACGUGGACCUGUGCCUGGUAUCGCCCUGCGAGUUUGAGCACCCCAAGUCAGAGCGCCCCCCCUCCCUCAACGUCAGCCCCCGGGACCUGUCCAAUGACAGUGACCUCUCCCAGGAGCUGGCCAAGCCCCUGGCCCAGAGGAGAGGCCUGAGGAGCCAGGGCCGCCGGCUGCAGCCGCCGCACGCCGCGGAGACCCCCCCCACCUCUGGGAGCGAGUCCCUCCCCACGCUCUCAGACUCAGACAUCCCUCCUGCCACCGACGACUGCCCCUCCAUCACGGCCGAUGGCGGGCUGGACUCAGAUGAAGAGUCGGAGCACCUGGCCAGGGGCCCUGCCCGGGCCAGAGACCCUCCUCCUGGCCCCCUGAAAGACCCCUGCCCCCUUCCUGCCCAACCUGGCAUCUGCAUGGUGGAUCCAGAGAUUGUGCCCUCAGAGCAGGCCUGCAUGGGGAAGAAGGAGCCCGCUAGCAAGGUGAAGAGGACUCCCUCCCGCCUGGGCUCGGCCCCCAUGUCCCAGAAAGCCGAAAACCCCAAACACUCGACCCUGGGCAGCAAGGCCAGAGGCGCCAUGGGCUCAGCAGACAAGGUCAGGACGCUUCCCCCAGCCAAGGGCACCCCCAUGGAGAAGGGCCCACGCCUCGUGGCCGGCGGGGACACCAGAGCAUCGCUCAAGAGCCGCAGCGCUGGGGCCAGGCCGCUCUCGGGAGCCGGCAGAUCAUCUCCCGCAGGCUCCAAGGCCCUUUCUCCCCCUGAGCCGCCAAUCUACUUGGACCUGGCCUACAUCCCUGGCUCCUGGAGCGCCAGGACGGUGGACGAGGAGUUCUUCCGACGGAUCCGCUCCCUCUGCUACGUCAUCAGCGGAGACGACCAUGUCAAAGAGGGUGUCAUGCGACCCAUCCUGGAUGCGCUGCUGGCGGGCAAACGUCACUGGGGGAGUGAUGUCCAGGUGACCCUGAUCCCAACCUUUGAUUCGCUGGUGAUGCACGAAUGGUACCAGGAAACCCACGAGCGCCAGCAGGAGCUGGGCAUCACAGUGCUGGGCAGCAACAGUACAGUGGCCAUGCAGGACGAGACCUUCCCAGCAUGCAAAGUGGAGUUCUGAAGGCGGCCCGCGUUAACCCUUUCUAGCCAGACUUGGAGCAGGUGCUUUGGACCUUGCAGAGGGGAGAUCGCCCACAGUCAUCGCACAUCGCAACCCAUUGGAAGGGGGGAGGGCUUGGCAAGGCCCUGUUGGCCAUGGGUCAUUGGGAAGAGGCACUGUAAGAUUGGAAUGAGCUCUGCAUGGCCAGCUUCCUGCAAGAUGGGAGGGAAUUUCCCCUGGACUGGAAAGGGUUACACUGAGUGCUUGCCUCUCCUAUCCUGUGCACCACAGACACUCACCGUCUGGUUAUUGCAUGCACACAGGCCCCAGCCUCUUGCUCUGUAUCCCUACAGGGGGAGGGGGGGCUGGAUCGUGGGUUGGCAGGGUCUGUAAUCCCCACUGCUGGCAGAGGUGGGGAGCAGGUUCUGUGGCUGGGGGCCGAGGUGUGCUACAGGAUAGCUGUUCCUUGCCUCUCUCCCCAGCCCAGCCACUGCCCCCACAGCCUCUGUGUCGGGACAGGCACGGCCCUCUUCUGUCCGCCCCAGUGAUGGAAAGGGGACCAGUCUGCCCUCCCUGAUGUCAAGCAGGUACCUUACACUGGUCAGGUGAUGCAGCAAUGGCCACCCCACUGCAGCAUCGCCCCAGGGCUCCUACGGGCAGCCUGGACUGGGGCUCCAAUCACUGGUAGCAUCCAGUCGCUUCCCUGUUGUUUGGCAGCCAGUUGGAGUCUCAUCCUCUGGCUGAGGGCACAAGUGAAACGAGUCUGCGAGUCAUACACCCCAGUGAUGCCCCUGACAGCAUGACCAUGUGCCAGGGAGGGGGGCUGCUAUAGUGGUGGGGGGCUGUAUCCCAGUUGACUGCCCUUCCCCCAGCUGCUAUUAGUCUCCUUCUUGUGCCCCUCAAAACUAAAGUCCCAACUGUCCUGUUGCACCCACAGAGAUGCCAGGUUCCCAGGUGGACACGAUCUCUUGACCCAGAUUAAGGGAGGUUUGAAGCUGAAUUGGGGCUGGGGGGGGCUGGACUGGACUGAUGCUUUCCUGCCUUCCAAAGCAGUGGAGCAUGGAGUGGGUUCUCCCUGCAUGGGGUGUGGAACUGUGACCCAACCCUGCUAGAGCAUUCCCAUGCCAGCCCAGUCUCCCUUGCCUGGUGGGGGUGGUUGGGCUGGCAACCCCAGCCCCACCCCAUGGCGGACCUCAGAAGCCCUAAUGUUGCUGUAAAUGUUUUAAAGCCAAAUUUCACGGGCCUUUUGAAAGUUCAUGUUAAGUGUGAUCGCUGGGAGCAGAGGGCCUGGGCGUGGGGGGUGUGAAUGUCUCCCAGGGAGGAGGGGAAUUGGAGUUGUCUUGUAACAGCCCCCCCUCCCCUUCUCCAAUCUCUGUGUCAAAACUAACCAGGGAUGCUCCUGACUUCAGCUAACAUCCCCCUUCUGCAAACCCUGCUGCUCCUGUCUCCUGUACCCUGCGUCCCUGCUGCUGACCCCAGCAGUCUGCGUGGGCCAAGCAGAUCUCAGGGGGCACCGCUAGGCAUGAAACUUGUGGGGGGCCUGAAUCCCCAGCCACGUUCUAGCUUCUCCACAGCUUUCGCAUCUUUCUUUUUCUCUAACUCAUCUUGAAGAGCAAGUUUGGGGAGAGAAUGUGACACUAACCUGUUUUGUAAGUUUGCAACUUACCUUUUUUUGUAAAUUUUUUUUUAAAUGAAGAAAAAAACCAAAAUCGCUACACACAGAAGGUUCUUAUUUAUCUGAUUACCACUGUGAGGCACCAGUGCGUCCCCCCCGGGCGAGCUGCUGGGAAGGGGGGCUCUGCAGCUCCUUGCAGAUUUCAUCCCCUCUUGUAUCCAUGGCAGAAGGGUUUAAUCCUGUUCUCAGUGCUCGCCUGGCUGGGCUUGGAGGCCUUUUUACAUUUGAUUGUAUUGUACUAUGUGUCUAGGAGAUGUUUGGGGGGUGGGUGGGGAAAGGGGAAUUGAAUGUUUCACCUUUUAGUGCUUUAUAUAUUUUCUUAGCUAGAAGAUGUUUUUAAAGAGGGGGUGAGGGAAGGAGAUCAUGAGGUUGCCCCACCUUCUUAUAGCUCAAAAUGUGGGGGGCGGUAACCACCUGUUUCUCCACCCCUUUGUGACUUCUCCCAGGCCGGGGCAGGGGGUGGGUUUGCUAGAAGUUUUAGACACCGACACACGCCACGAUGUUGCACACACGAUGUUAUGGUUUGGUAAAUGUAUUGAACAAGCAUUAAAGAGACACUAGCCCAACAAA